AUCUCGUACUUAGUACUUGAGCGUGGAGUUUGGAGUCUGCCCUCCUGAUAGAUAGAACAUAAUUAGAGUACCUUCAACUUGCCUAGCCUUUCUUUUUGCCCGCCGGGUGACUGUUCAGUCACAAACGUUUACCUUCUUCUAAACAUCUGGUAACAAUAAGAGCACGAGAUGUUUACGCUGCUUGUGGUCUUGCUGUGCGUAACGUCCUUUCUCUCUGAAUCUACCGAAGGUGCGGGAGCAGUACCCAGAUUGAACAAUGACCGGCUGUACAAAUUCAGCUACUCCACUGAGGUGAUACUAGACAGAUCCAGGGCCUUGCGAAAGGGUGGUGCUGGCUUCAGGAUCUCCAGCAACGUGGAUGUCAACCUAGUGUGGAGGCAGGCCGGUGACUUGGAAGACCAGCUCAUUCAACUGGAGAUCUCCAAUGUGCGGGUUGAGAAUGUGGCCCCCCGCUCGGCAAAGGAUAACAUCUUCCAGGGCUCCACGACAGAGGGGCUCAUGGGGGACAGCAAGCUGGCCUCUCUGCAGAGGCCGUUUCUGGUGCACCUGAGAAAUGGAAAAGUGAAGGCUUUCUAUUCCUAUAGGGCGGAGCCUGCGACCGUCAAGAACCUGAAGAGGGGUGUGGCCAGCCUGCUGCAGUUGCAGCUGACUACUGGAAAGACAGUUGAGAAUGAUGUAUCAGGAAGGUGCACAGUGGAGUACAAGGCUGCCCAGGGUCAGGUGACACGCACCAAGAUUCUGAACACCUGCAAGACGACAGAAACUGGCUUCACCACGAUCAGCAAGGUGUUGGGUGUGAGCAGGAAGUCAAGCUCAGUAACAGUGUUCACCUUGGAGGACGGCUUCAUCAAGUCUGCUGUAUCUGAGGAGACCCACUUCCUGGUAACCAAUGCUCGGCGCUCCACAGGUGCCAAAGUUGUGUCCAGACAAACCUUGACACUGGUCGAAAUUGAGGCUGGCCCCCUGGAGGUUGCAGGGAAAGAUGUUACUGCAGUCGUCAAGUCCCGGGACGAGAAACUGGUGGCUGUGGGUGUGAUGGCGGGCAAGGUCAAGGCCCAGUGCAAGGGCUGUCCAUCGCUGUGGGAGCACUGGCAGGCUGAUAAGAAACAGCUGGAGCCGGCCAGCCUGUCCAAGUCCUCGGCUCCUAGGAGCUUCCUGGCUCUGAUCCAGAGCAUCAGGAAAGCCUCCAAGGAUGAGAUCCUCCAAGUGCUGCAGAACGCCAGCAAGUCAUUGCUGCCUCAGGUGGUGGACGCCGUCACCUCCUCCCAGACUCCCGCCUCGCUGGACGCCAUGCUGACCUUCCUCAACUUCACAGACCCCAAGGGCCUGGUCCUGCAGGAGAGGUUCCUGUACGCCUGUGGCUUUGCCUCGCACCCCAAUGAGAGGAUGCUCCAAGCCCUUGUGGACAUUUCCAAGAAAAAGAUUGGCAGUAAUGACAUCAGAGAGUCAAUGGUGAUCAUCAUGGGGGCCCUGGUGUUCAAGCUUUGCCAGAAAGGACAAUGUGAUUUACCGACUGUGGUGGAGGUGAAGAAGAUGAUUCUGGAGGGGCCCGACAGUACAGACAAGGAGUCUGAGGUCCAGAUGUACCUACUGGCCCUGAAGAACUCUCUGUUGCCCGAGGCCAUCCCACUCUUCACUAGAUACACAGAGUCAGAGGUGGGGGCCUAUAGCACCAUCGCCCUAACCACCCUCCAGCGAUACGAUGUCGCCCUCAUCACCGACGAGGUCAAAAGGACGGUGAACAGAGUGUACCACCAGAACCGACGGGUGUAUGAGAAGAAUGUGAGGGUGGCUGCCGCUGAUGUCAUCCUGAGCAGCAACCCUUCCUACAUGGAGGUCAAAAACAUGCUUCUGUCCAUCGGAAACCUGCCGCAUGAGAUGAACAAGUACAUGUUGUCCAAGGUGCAGGACAUCCUGCACUUUGACAUGCCUGCCAGCAAAAUAGUUCAGCAAGUUAUGAAGGACAUGAUUUCCCACAACUAUGACCGCUUCUCUAAAGUUGGGUCCUCCUCUGCGUACUCCGGUUACAUGGCACGUUCUGCUGAUGUCACUUCCACCUAUAGCUUGGACAUCCUGUAUUCUGGCUCAGGAGUAAUGAGGAGGAGCAUCAUGAACAUCUACGGUGCCACUAACGACGCGCUCCUCCACGGUCUUCAGGUGGCCAUCGAGGCCCAAGGUUUGGAGACGCUGAUCGCGGCUACGCCUGACGAGGGGGAGGAGGAUCUGGAGUCGUUUGCCGGGAUGUCCGCUCUGCUCUUUGAUGUGCAGCUGCGGCCCGUCACCUUCUUCAAGGGCUACAGCGACCUGAUGUCCAAGAUGUUCUCCAUGUCAGGAGAGCCCAUAAACGUGGUGAAGGGCCUGAUCUUGCUGUCGGACCACUCUGAGGUCAUCCAGCUGCAGUCCGGUCUGAAGGCCAGCGCUGAGUUCCAGGGAGGUUUGGCCAUCGACAUCUCAGGAGGCAUGGAGAUUAGCCUCUGGUACAGAGAGUCCAAGACCAGCGUCAACAACAGGGGGGCUCUGGUGGUCACUGGGAAUGUAACGGUGGACAUGGACUUUGUUCGCACUGGAAUGGAAGUCAGCUUUGAGACAGAGGCAUCGCUGGACUUCGUCACAACCGUUCAGUUCUCCGAGUAUCCCUUCCUGGUGUGCAUGCAGAUGGACAAGGCAACCUUCCCUUUCAGCCAAUCCUUCAGUAAAUAUGAGAGUCUUCCAUCGGGGAAGAGUUUUGUGUCGCACAAGACAAAGAAGCAGCUGGUGCCAGGUUCUGAAUUCCCCCUCCACCAGGAGAACUCCAACAUGUGCAAGAGAGUGUUUGAGUAAUACUGCUAGAUAAUGUGGAAAUCUCAAAUGGACAGAACCUCAGGGGGCAGGAUAUUGACCUUUGAGUCCUACUUGACCUUCUCGCUUGAGAAAUAUUUAUUUGUUAAAAAAAAAAACAUUUAGGAACACCUAUCACACCACAGGCAAAAGUAGUGUAAUAGCAUUGCCAGAGUUGUGUGUUUUUUCAACCAACACAUGCAAUGUUUACAUUCUUAGGAGUUUUGAAGCCAUUUUUAAUAGCCUUUUGCGAUUUUCUUCUAGAUUUAGUUGAAUAUCUUUCUCCCAAAUGGUACAUGUAAAUAUGGUAUUAUGUUUCCCAUAAACGACACUGUCCAUUUGUUUGUGGAUUAAGGCAUUCUUUUUGUUUUAUUUGUGUCAUUUAUGCUACGUCCAAAGCACAGACAACUAAACAAAGUAUCUUAAAUGGAUUCUCUCAGCAGCAGCUAAGGUAUUUGAGAGACUACUGGAGGACCAAAUCAUGCAGCAUUAAUUCAAUUGUAUUUUUGAAGUUGAAUUAAUUGUUCUUAUAUACUUAAAACUGUAAUGUCAAAACAAUGUCUAUCAAUAGAAAAGUGAGUGGUCCUAUUUACUGGUAUCUAUUUUUCUCCUACUGAGAUAAUUGGGGCGCAUACAGAAGACCUUUCCAUGAUCCCUAAUAAAUGUGAGUUAGAAUAAUUAUUUCCAAGUGACAAUAUGCAUGCCUGUAAGUAUGAAGACUUGUCCGACAGCAACAAACUCCUGUUUCCUUAAUGUGUUAGGUAGGUAAUUGACCAAAAUAAAUGGUACACUGGAAACCUCUAAUCCCCUAUACCUCUUUGGCUUGUAUGUGUAUGCAGAUGUUGGAAUGUACAUACCAUGUGCAUUUAUGGUAAAACAGCCAUGUGUUUUUAUAACAUUUAU